GCCGCGUUGUGAGAAUAUUUGUCAGUGUGAUGACGUCAGGGAAUAAUAAAACGUGUGCGUUGAGUGAAAAUCAUUGAAUUUCCCGAAAUAAAAGCUACUGAGGAUAAGCAAAAUGAAACCCCUAGUACUCCAGGGCCACGAGCGUUCUAUUACGCAGAUUAAGUAUAACAGGGAGGGUGAUUUGCUCUUCUCCUGUUCGAAGGAUCAGAAGCCAAAUGUGUGGUUCUCCCUGAAUGGUGAGCGUCUGGGCACGUUCAAUGGGCACCAGGGCGCUGUGUGGUGCAUUGACGUGGACUGGACUACCACGAAGCUGAUGACUGGUAGUGGUGACAUGAGCACGAGGCUGUGGAAUGUGGAGCGUGGCACCACAAUUGCGACGAUUCCCUGCAAAUCCUCGGUGAGAACGUGCAACUUCAGCUAUUCCGGCAACCAGGCGGCUUAUUCCACGGACAAGGCUAUGGGACACAGCUGUGAGUUGUUCAUCAUCGACGUGAGAAACCCGGACGAGGGUCUGGCCAAUGCGAGCGCCAUCCUGCGAAUCCCCAUCCUGCAGUCGAAGAUCACGUCGAUGCUGUGGGGUCCCCUCGAUGAGACCAUCAUCACUGGCCACGAAGACGGACAGAUCACGGUGUGGGAUCUGCGAAUGGGCAAGGAGGUGAACUCCGUCAACGACCACUCAAUGGUUAUCAAUGAUAUGCAGAUGUCCAAGGAUGGCACGAUGUUCGUCAGCGCUUCGAAAGACACCACAGCCAAACUCUUUGACUCUGAGGAUUUGGCAUGCCUCAAGACUUAUAAAACGGAGAGACACGUCAAUUCUGCAGCCAUCAGUCCGAUAAUGGAUCACGUUGCUCUGGGCGGUGGCCAAGAUGCUAUGGAAGUGACAACGACCUCUGCACGGGCUGGAAAAUUCGAUGCCCGCUUUUUCUAUCUCAUCUACGAGGAGGAGUUUGCCCGCGUGAAGGGCCAUUUCGGGCCCAUCAACAGUUUAGCCUUCCAUCCGGAUGGAAAGAGUUUCGCCACUGGCGGUGAAGAUGGUUUCGUGCGUGUCCAAGUAUUUGAUUCUUCCUACUUUGACUACUCCUUCGACUGAGCUCCAAUCUAAGUGAAUGAACGAAGAUGAAGAGUGUGUACGGAGAGACUCUCAAAAAUUGGUGGAAAUAUAGGAGGAAAUCUAA